AUGAGACACCAGGAGGGAAGGUACCAUUAUGAGCCUCACUCUGUCCACAGCGUGCACGGGGAGGAAAAAGGUUUUGAAGUCCUGUCUCUCUCUCCCUGUACAGUGCCGCAGCAUCUUUUGCCAGCGUUCCAUGCUCCCUUACCGAUUGACAUGAGACACCAGGAGGGAAGGUACCAUUAUGAGCCUCACUCUGUCCACAGCGUGCACGGGCCUCCUGUUCUGAGUGGCAGCCCUGUCAUCUCUGACAUCUCAUUGAUCCGGCUUUCCCCACACCCUGCUGGCCCCGGAGAGUCCCCUUUCAACGCCCCCCACCCGUACAUGAACCCCCACAUGGAGCAUUACCUCCGUGCCGUGCACAGCAGCCCCACGCUCCCCACGAUCUCUGCAGCCAGGGGUCUCAGCCCUGCUGAUGUGGUCCAUGAGCACCUUAAGGAGAGGGGACUCUUUGGCCUCCCCCCGGCAGGCGCCAACCCCUCGGACUAUUACCACCAGAUGACCCUCAUGGCGGGCCACCCCACGCCAUACGGGGACCUGCUCAUGCAGACUGGGGGUGCCACUGGCACACCCCAUCUCCACGACUACCUCAAUCCAGUGGACGUGUCGCGUUUCUCCAGCCCACGGGUGACGCCCCGCCUGAGCCGUAAGCGGGCGCUGUCCAUCUCCCCGCUGUCGGAUGCCAGCCUGGACCUGCAGCGGAUGAUCCGCACGUCCCCCAACUCCCUGGUGGCCUACAUCAACAACUCACGCAGCAGCUCGGCGGCCAGCGGCUCCUACGGGCACCUGUCGGCCGGCACCCUCAGCCCAGCCUUCACCUUCCCCCAUCCCAUCAACCCCGUGGCCUACCAGCAGAUCCUGAGCCAGCAAAGGGGCCUGGGAUCAGCCUUCGGACACACACCACCCCUGAUCCAGCCCUCACCCACCUUCCUGGCCCAGCAACCCAUGGCCCUCACCUCCAUCAACACCACGCCCACCCAGCUCAGCAGUAGCAGCAACUGUCUGAGUGAUGCCAGCCAGAACAAGCAGAGCAGCGAGUCGGCUGUGAGCAGCACCGUCAACCCCAUCGUCAUUCAUAAGCGCAGCAAGGUCAAGACGGAGGCCGAGGGCCUGCGACCAGCCUCCCCGUUGACCCUGACACAGGAGCAGCUGGCUGACCUCAAGGAGGACCUGGACAGGGACGACUGUAAGCAGGAGGCCGAGGUGGUCGUCUACGAGACCAACUGCCACUGGGAAGACUGCACCAAGGAGUAUGACACGCAGGAGCAGCUGGUGCAUCACAUCAACAACGAGCACAUCCACGGGGAGAAGAAGGAGUUCGUGUGCCGCUGGCAGGCCUGCACGCGGGAGCAGAAGCCCUUCAAGGCACAGUACAUGCUGGUGGUGCACAUGCGCCGGCACACGGGCGAGAAGCCCCACAAGUGCACGUUUGAAGGCUGCUCGAAGGCUUACUCUCGCCUGGAGAACCUGAAGACACACCUGCGGUCGCACACCGGGGAGAAGCCGUACGUGUGUGAGCACGAGGGCUGCAACAAGGCCUUCUCCAACGCCUCGGACCGUGCCAAGCACCAGAACCGCACGCACUCCAACGAGAAACCUUAUAUAUGCAAGAUCCCAGGCUGCACCAAGCGGUACACGGACCCCAGCUCUCUCCGGAAGCACGUGAAAACAGUGCACGGCCCGGAUGCCCACGUCACCAAGAAGCAGCGCCACGACCUGCACCUCCGGGCCCCAUUGCUCAAGGGGGACGGGGACAGUGAGGCCAACACGGAGCCGGGCGGCCAGGGCUCUGAGGAGCGCCCCGAGGCCAGCAGCACCAGCCAGGCCGCAGAGGACUGCCUGCACGUCACGGCCAUCAAGACCGAGAGCUCCGGGCUGUGUCAAUCCAGCCCCGGGGCCCAGUCGUCCUGCAGCAGUGAGCCCUCUCCCUUGGGCAGUGCCCCCAACAAUGACAGUGGUGUGGACAUGCCGGGGACAGGGCCUGGAAGCUUGGGAGAUCUGACAGCUCUGGAUGACACGCCCCCAGGGGCUGACACCUCAGCCCUGGCUGCCCCUUCUGCUGGCAGCCUGCAGCUGCGCCAACACAUGACCGCCAUGCACCGGUUAGAGCAGCUCAAGAAGGAGAAGCUCAAGUCACUUAAAGAUUCCUGCUCGUGGACUGGGCCAGCUCCACACACCCGGAACACCAAGCUGCCUCCCCUCCCGGGAAAUGGUGAGUGCAGGUGCUGGUGUGUGGGCUGGGGAGGGACUGAGCCUGGGGCAGCACCAUGUGCCCACUCACUGGAUGACCACAGUAGGAUGAAUCUUAUCCACCAUUGCAGACUAGGAAACAGGCUUAGAGAGGUGAAAAUGCCUCACUUAAAGCGCGGCCUCCGCCAGCAGGGUCCCUCCAGUGCGGACGGCACCCUGGCCCGCGGCAGCUACUCUCCCCGCCCGCCCAGCAUCAGCGAGAACGCGAUGAUGGAGGUGCUGGCCGCGGGGGCCGACAGCGCGGGGCCUGAGGGCAACUUGGUGCUGCCCGAGGACGACCUGGUGCUGCCCGACGACGUGGUGCAGUACAUCAAGGCGCAUGCAGGGGGCGCCCUGGAUGAGAGCAUCUCUCAGGUGUAUCCCCCGGAGAGCACCUGCUUCUCUGAACACCCCAAACUGCCCAGCCCAGGGCUGCUGGGCCAGCGCAGGAUGGCGGCUGCGGACUCCAACGUGGGCCCCUCUGCUCCUGUACUGGGAGGCUGCCAGCUGGGCUAUGGCGCCUCCUCUAGCCUGAACAAAAACAGCAUGCCUGUGCAGUGGAAUGAGGUGAGCUCUGGCACCAUGGAUGCCAUGCCCAGCCAGGUGAAGCCUCCACCCGUUCUGCAGGACAACCUGGCUGUGGUGCAGCAGAAGCAGGCCUUUGGCCAAUACCCAGGCUACAACGCACAAGGCCUGCAGCCGAGCCCACGGGGUCUGGACAGCACACAGCCACACCUGCAGCCCUGCAGUGGAGCCCCCUCUGUGCCCAGGAUAAAUUAUAUGCAGCAGCUUCGGCAGGCAGGAGCAGGUGGCCAUUGUCCCAGCAUGACCACCACAGUGAGCCCCCACACCAGCUACGGCCAAGCCCACUCCCAGCUGAGCUCCAGUACCAUGGGCGGGGCCCUGAACCAGUUCCCUGCAUCCUGCAGCAACCUGACAGCCAAGCCAGGCCACCUGGGGCUCCCCCAGCAAAUGGAAGUUGCUCCCGACCCCUCCAUGAUGAGCAGUAGCCGAAGGGAACUUGGGGCCCCCAAUUCCACCUUGUCCGGGAUGGCACCACCACAUGCAGCCCAGAGUUACCCACAGCAAAGUCAUCACCUGGCAAUGCCCAUGAGCCAGGAGAACUACCACCAGGGCCCCAGCCUUCUGCCUUCCCACCAGCCUGGCUUCAUGGAGCUCCAGCAGGGCACAGUGGGGCUCGUUGGAUCAAGCUUUGGCGUAGUGCAACCCCGGCCACCCCCUGAGCCCAACCCUGCUGGCCGCCACCGUGGAGUACGUGCUGGGCAGCAGCUGGCCUAUGCCAGGGCCACUGGCCAUGCCAUGGCUGCUAUGUCAGCCAGCCAGGAGAUGGCAGAGUCUGUGCCCAAGGGAGCAAUGGGCACUAUGGUGUCUCUGCCUCCUCAGCUGCCCCCACAGGACACAGGUGGGGCCCAGGACCACAACAUGCUCUACUAUUAUGGCCAAAUCCACAUGUAUGAGCAGAAUGGAGGCCUGGAGAACCAUGUAGGCUGCCAGGUCAUGAGGCCCCAACCACCACAGCCACAGGCCUGCCCGGAGAGCGUCCAACCCCAGCCCUUGCCCUCACCAGGGGUCAACCAGGUGUCCAGCACUGUGGACUCCCAGCUACUAGAAGCCCCCCAGAUUGAUUUUGAUGCCAUCAUGGAUGACGGCGAUCACUCGAGCUUGCUCUCGGGGGCCCUGAGCCCCAGCUUCCUCCACAAUCUGUCCCAGAACUCCUCCCGCCUCACUACCCCCCGGAACUCCCUGACGCUGCCCUCCAUCCCCACGGGCAUCAGCAACAUGGCUGUUGGGGACAUGAGCUCCAUGCUCACCAGCCUGGCCGAGGAGAGCAAGUUCCUGAACAUGAUGACCUAAGGCCCCAGCCCUGGUGCUGAGGGACCCAGCAGAAGCAUCAUUUCCAGAGCAGGGCUGUCAUCCAUCUUGUCUUUUUCCAAAAAAGUAUUACUAGGUCUGAGGGGUGUGCCAGUGGCUGGCUCAGACCACAGUGCUUAGGCAAGUUUACGUGCAUCCUGUCUGGUCUUCUUUGGGGUUAUUUUUCAGAACACUGAAAAAAAUCUCAAUAGCAAAGACUCGUUUACACAGUGCUCCCACCUCUGGUGUUUAGGGGACACUCUGCUCCAGCUCUUUUGCGAUCAUUUCGCUAAUGAGGGAUUCCACUGGCCGGGCUCUCCAAGCACACAAGGAAAAGGGGAGAGGAGCUACAGUUGGGUUGAAUCUGAAAGCCAUACUGGACAUUCUAAUCUGGGAAGAUGAGCUUCUCAUUCCAAUACUGCAAGGAAAAGGAGUUGCUGGCCCACCAGAAUCCCUCUGCGAAGCUUGAUUCAUGAGGCCUCUAAUGCCCCUUGUCACGGAGGAAAAACAGAGUUUACCUAGAUGACCUGGAAGCACAUCCUGAUUUCAGGGUUGGUAGAGCUGGCAUCUCUAUCCUGCAGAGCCAACUUUGCAACUGGCAGACUGUCCAAGUGUGUACUAAUGAAUAAAGGAUGGAAGUAUUCCAGAAAAGGGAAAGAGAAUCACAAGCUCGGGGCCUGCCCAGAAGCCGCCUGGGCUCUCCAGACCGUGUUUACAGUGUUCACGUGUGUAAGACGCAGCCUCCCUGAAAAGAACGCUUAUUUCUAAAUACCUCGGGGCUUCUGGAGCUGCUGUGGCUAGGGAUGGACCGAGGGCAUCAAGUGUGGGAUGGGACCUUUAGGAAGGGAGUGCACGGGCCCAGCCGCAGGCCCGCCUGGAGGUCUCCAGUAGGAAGAGGAAGUCACAUGUUUACCCAGCCCUGUGGCUCCAUUCACUGGCCACCCACUUUACCCCAGGGCUUGAGGCAGCUCUGCCCAGGUCCCUCCAGGCCAUGCUGUCCACUCACCAGCAGCCCAGUGGUCGAUGCCAAGCCACACAUGCAGUCCAGGCAUCUGCUGGAUCCCUUCCCUCUGCCCCAUCGUUCAGUUCAGAGAGUGAUGGCACGCAUGGUGUUUGGUGGGAGCAGGAGGGUAAAGGAGCCGAUUCCUGGGACUCUGAGGACCAUCACUGAGCUCUCCUGUUCAGUGUGACCAGGCCCUAGGCCCAGAUGGAAUGUGGAACUGGCGUCAGAAGAUACUCCUGAGUAUACUAUAGGAUGAAUUGGUGCGUCCUCCCCAAAACACACAUACACCACCACCACCCCCACCUUCCCCAUGUUGAAUUUGUGGCAACCUUGCCAAAAGCAACUGCACCACUAUGAGCUUGAUACUGACUGUGACCCUGGCUCCAGGCAGGAGAGGCCCAACACCUACCUGGGCCCUCUGCAUCCCAGAACAUCCAGUGCUUUGUUAGGGUCCAGAGAAAGGCCAAGUCCAAGCAACGGCCCUGGGAGAGGUCCAGGGUCUGGGCUCUGUGGUAGCCGUUCGUUCCCUGGGCUAGGAUUUCACUACCAUUCUCACCCUGUACAUAGUCUGUACAGAAGAGUUGUCCCUGAAAAUACUGUAGGUGAGUCAUCCAGCCAAAUUUAUAUCUCCAAAACAUUUCUAGCUUUUUUCUACAUGCUAUGAAUUGAGAUGACAUGCUCAACUUGUAAAUAAGUCUUUUUGUACAUUAAAAAGUAAUUUUUUCAUAAUU